UCAAGGCGCGGCAGAGGAACAGGUGCGCAAGAAGAGAAGAGAAGACACUAACCUUAAACAUCACCGCUAUCUGAAAACACUUGUUGACUGAGAGCACUUUAAAAAGAAGGAACUUUACUAGCAACAAAAAAAAAAAAAAACUUGUGAGGAGAGGAUUCUUACCUUCACAGCAGGUGGACGCCGUCUUGUUUUUUGUUGUUUGUUCUAACUCCUCGUCGAAGAAGAAGAAGAAAAAAAAAUGGCCAACUCUGGUCUACAGAUUUUGGGAUUCGCCCUGGCUCUGCUGGGCGUAAUUGGAUUGAUAAUUGGCACCAUCCUGCCCCAGUGGAAGAUGUCCGCCUACGUGGGGGACAACAUCAUCACGGCGGUGGCCAUGUACGAGGGCCUGUGGAUGACCUGCGCCUUCCAGAGCACCGGGCAGAUCCAGUGCAAGGUGUACGACUCCAUCCUGCAGCUCAACGGUGCCCUCCAGGCGACUCGUGCCCUCAUGAUUGUGAGCAUUAUCGUAACGCUGGUCGGCCUGGGUGCAGCCUGCAUGGGGAUGAAGUGCACCACCUGUGGAGGAGAUGACAAAGUGCGCAAGUCUCGCAUUGCCAUGGCUGGAGGCAUUAUCAUCUUGGUUGGAGCUUUGUGUGCCAUUGUCGCCUGCUCUUGGUAUGCUCACGACAUCAUCCGAGCCUUCUACGACCCUUUCACACCAGUUAAUACCAAGUAUGAGUUCGGUUCUGCCAUCUUCAUUGCCUGGGCUGGUGCAUUCCUGACUGUCGUGGGAGGUGCCAUGCUGGCAGCCUCCUGUCCAAGAAACAAAUCUACACCAAAGUAUCCCAUCUCCUCCAGACCCCCCAGCAGCAAGGAGUACGUUUGAAGAGGACGCGGCUCAGUUAGAGGCUGAAGGACACUUUGACAUUCAUGCUAGUCCAGCUCAGAGAUUGAAACCUUGAGAAGAUGUAUCCCAGGAGGCAAUCAGCAUUUGUCUAUUUUUUUUAUUUGUGUUUUAGUUUCUGUGGGGGUUACCCAGCAAUGUUACUGUAAUAUUAUUAUUUUAACAAACUCAUUAAAGUUUUUAAAUAAUGGUUGUUUACUUCAAAAGAACGAGCUCGUUGACCUUGGCCUGUCUGGAACUGUAGUCGGUGCUUGCUUUGUAACGUAUACCAUGUCGUAUACCGUCCACUUAAUCGACACCUGUAGAGCACUGGGGUGAGUGGAGGUGAAACAUCCGGGAUGUUGUACAGCUUGAUGUGUAGAUAACGUGCUGCAGUGUGAAUUAUGUGAAUGCAUAGAAAAGACAUGGCAACGGUCAGCUGUUGAUCAGUGUGUAGCCUGAACGCACAGCACACGGCUCAUCUGGCACCUGAGACAAGUAGGUCACCAUAAUUUCCAUAAAAUUUGUGCCUUAUUUAUACAAACACCACAAAUAAUUCAGUACCACUGCAGAACAUUUUGUUUGUUUGUUUUUAAUCAACUGCUGGAGUCAAAUUGUAAUUGCAUAAGUGAAAAUAUACUGAUUCUUUUAAGUCCAAUUGCCAACGUGUUGACCUGACAGAUGUUGUGACUUGUUUUUGUGACUUGUUCUGUAAUGAUUUCUUUUUAUGUGAAUGGGUUUUGCUUAUGCUUGUUUUUAAGUCACACUAGCUGUUGCACUCGUCAAAUUUUCUUUUUUUUACGAACUUUAUAAAUUGCAAUGUGUUUGUGUUGUAAAUACAAUAAAAUAUUUACUGUU